AUGGGUAAGUCUCGUAAAAAACCUGGACAAUCAUCUGAAAAAAAUAGUCAAUCAAAACAGCGCAAUCAUGAUAAUCUAUUAUCGUCAAAUGGAAAUGACAAUGAUGAUCAUGAUCAUGGAUUUAAUGAUGACGAUGAUGAAAUAGAUGCAUUUUACAAAGAACGUGAUGAAAAUCUUCGAACCGCAUUAUCGAAAACUACCAUUAAAAAAUCAUCGAAAAAUAAGAAAAGUGUUUCAUGGGCAUUAGAUAAUGAUUCUGACGAUGGAAAUAAUCGAGAUGAAGUACUUGCUUUUGAUGAUGAUGACGAUUCAAUGGCAAGUGAUGGCGAGGGUGAUACAGAAUAUCAAGAAAUAGAAGGUGAUGAUGAUGAUGAUGAUGAUGACGAGAACGAUGAAGGUGAAAUGGAUGAGGAUCUCGGUGGUUCCUGGGGUACAUCUCGUAAAAUAUUUUAUAAUGAAGAUGCAAAUGUUGAUGAUGAAGAUGCACAACUAGAAGAACAAGAAGCAAUACAAAUUCAAAAAAAGUAUUAUGAUAUGCUAGGAAAAAAUGAUUUUGGCUUAGAUCUAUUUCAACAUAAACCAUCAACUAUUCCAAUGGAUCGAAAUCUUGAUGAACAAACAUUACAACGGCAUAUUAUAUUACCAGAUAAUCUUCUUGAAUUAAGUUCAAAUGAACGUUUACAGUUAAUUCGUGAUCAAUCACCUGAAUUAGAACCGUUGUGUAAUGAAUUUAAAAAUAUUUUUGAUGAUCUUAAAAUAUAUCUUUUACCAUUCAUACAACUCGUUAUUGAUACAUCAUCAUUAGUAGAAUUUCAUUCAUAUCCUGGAUGGCAAUUUAUUGUUUCAAUUGUUGAACUUUAUCUUACCUAUUGUUCAUACUUGAGUUUAUACUUAAUGAUGAAAUCAACAGAUUUAAAUAUAUCUAAACAUCCAAUUACAGAUGAUAUUGAACAAUAUAGAAAAUUAUGUCAACUAGUUGAUGAAGAUUUUCAAUCAAUGAAAUCAGAUCUAUUAAAGUUAUGUGAAUUACUUCAAGAGAAAAAAUCGAAAAUGAAUCAAUCAUCUACGACAAAAUUAAAUGAACUCGCAUCUAAAUCACAUCUUAUGAUUAAGAAUGGAAUUUCAUUGCCAACUAAAACUGCGAAUGGUACUACUGCCAAAUCAUCUCUACGUGAACGUAUGAUGCAGAGAAGAGAACAAAAACUGAUUACUGAAACAGAAAUUGAACCUCAAGAAGAGAAACCCUUAAAACGUGGUAUUACGUAUGAAAUCGAAAAGAAUAAAGGUUUAACAGUUAAACGCAAAAAAGAAUAUCGAAAUCCACGUGUACGUCAUCGUAAUAAAUAUGCACGAGCAUUGGUUAAACGUAAAAGUCGUGUACCAACAGCAAGAACUGAAGAAGAAAAGUAUACCGGUGAACCGACCGGUAUUCGUGCUGGUAUUAAACGUGGUAUUAGACUUAAAUCUUGA